GUGGGGUUUUUCCCGUUUCAGUUUCGAAUCGUUCUUUACUUCAAGGAAUGUGGGGUUUUUCCCGUUUCAGUUUCGAAUCGUUCUGACAGUUCUUCCUUUCUUCAAGGAACGACUCCUCGCCAUUUCUUUGUCAGCAAGUCUUAAACUCUCGUUUUGGGGAUCAAGUCCACGAGAAUUUUGCCACUAUAUCAAAAUUUGGCCGUCAGUAUGAAUCAACCGCCUCGCAAAAGUGACUUGGUAUGAUUUAUUUCGUUCGUUUCUUUAAAAACUUAAAAAUCUGUACCUAAGUUGUAGGUCUUCGAAUGUUUGAGGACGCCAUUUUUGUCUUUAUUAGUGUUACUGUGUUCUUAAUUGGUACGACGAAAGUCAAAGUGAGAAGAACACUAUUUAAAUGAGUCUUACAAAUGUUUUUUCAAUCCAUUUUUAGAUUUAACUGAGGCCAAGGUGUUCAAGUUCACAAAUCUGACAAAUCGAAAACAUGGUUCGACUUGAGUCAAAGGAGCGGUUGAACUACUUAAAGUUUAGCAUCAUUGUCUUUGAUGAAUUUCCCAAAGCCUUACGUCAAACUUUUAAGGUGAUGUGGGACAAAAAAUUUAGAGGGAAUCAGUGGGACGACUCCGAUGCUGUGAGAAAAUUAUUACACAGAAAUGAAUUCGGCAACAAGGGCAUUCCUACACAAAAGUCAUAUGAAGAGUGGGAUUGUACAGCGCUGUUUCAAGCCACACUCUAUGCAAAGUCCUUCCGUUCACCAGACGGUACGGGUAACCUUAAAACACUCGAUGAGCUGUAUGUGAAGCCUCGUGGAGUCCCUCAUGGACAGUUUCAUGGCUCUGUCAUCAGUGCAAACGGAGACCCCUAUGAAACAUUCGCGCUCUCUAUCGACCAGCUAAGACGCCUCAGAAAUUCACUUUGUCAUUCUACCAGUACAGAGCUGGAUCAAAACAUGUUUGACCAUUACGUUAAUCUCGCCAAAGAUGCAUUCGAAGCCCUUUCAGUUAAGACGGACUCAAUUGAUGAGACUCUGCACGCGGAACUUCACACCUUGAGAGCAAGAGUUCUGACAUGCGCAUUUUUUUUUUUUGCCCCAUUUAGGGGUGUAGACCAUAACAGUUUGCUUUUUAGCGACUAAUCCCAUGAUGCAUCUUGACCGGAUGUGCACCAUAAUAACAAACAAGAUGGCGGACCACUAACGAACUCUAACGAGUCUUUUUUUUCACCUAAAGUAAUGAACGUAAUGCAUAUAUACGCUACAAAACAUCAGAUUGACUCAUUUUAAUGUAUUUAUGAGUAAAGGAUUUCCUAUUCUUCAAUUUUUUUCGGCAGGUAUGUGCAGGUAUGUACGCUUCAUUCUUGAGAUCCCGGACUCUAUAGGAGUUCGCGGGACUUUUUAAUUUGAAUUUUAUACAGUUCAAGAAUGUAUGAAAAUAAACAAAAUACAUUUUAAAUGCCAUUUUUUGAAAAAAAAAAAAAAAACCAGCAAGCAAGAAAGAAAUAGAUAGAAAAGGACUCACCUUGUGUUUGUGUUGUGUGAUUUACUUUCAGUUCACCUCUAGAGCCAUUAUUAAGUUUUACAAUAUGUAGAUUUUGAGUUUAUAAUAGGCCAAGUAAAAAAAAGUUUCUCGUCCCCACCUGCUUUAUUUUUGGGGGGCUGCCUCCCUUUUCUAUUAUUUGUUAUUGAAAAAGUUGGACUGAACAAAAGUCAUUACUUUCAACACUGUUACCCAAAAAUCAAUAUCUUGACGGCGACAGACUCCAAGUUAUCCCUGGGAGAGGGUUAAAAUUUGUAAAGAAAGAAUACCGAGAAUUGGUAAUAAUAAAGUUAAAAAGUGCCCACUGCUCUCUUUGUUAAAGAAAUCCGGACAAGACACAUUUCUUUUUUUGCUUGGCCUUUAUUAACAACCUGAUAAAAAGUCUUCCAAAUGGCCCUAGAAUCAAACAGACUGUAAAACACACAACACAAACACAAGGUGAGAGAGCGGCUGUACACAAACUAAAGUAUAUGUAUGAGAUCACAUGCCAUGUGUGACAUCACAAUGCCUCAAACAGUUUGGUUGGUUUGCCUGUGUACAAACUUUCUUCCUUGAGCUUAUUGCGUUUGCACUUUUUGACAUACAAGAAAAACAAAACUUAAUUUCCAUCCUAGUGUUGAUUGUCUCUCAGACAGUUGCAAAAGCAACCGGGCUAAGUUUAUUUUGUCGUGGUUUUCUUGUUAAGCAAUGGCACUGACACCAACCAAAUUGAUUGAAAUUAGCUCAUUAGCUUAGUGUUCUAUUCUUGCUGACAUUCAUCAACACACAAGGUAAAUUUCAACAACGUUGUAAGUCUCUCUCCGCAAGGCCUUCACCCUCUUAAUUGCUUCACAAGGAACAAUAAUUUGACAGUUUGAAAAUGAUAUGGUCUUUGAUUCGGUGCAUCAAAUGUCUCUUCAUAAUUUGGUGUGGUAGCACAGGUAGCCCAAGCUCGAGAUAUGAGCAUCGGUGAGCAUCGGCAUUGUUGCAUAACAUUCAAAAUAUAAGGAUUUGUAUGGGAAAAAACCUAUCGUUUCUUUAACCUACGGAAGUGAAAGGAUUCACAAUAAAAAACAGCUUACCUUACUUAAAAUGUGUGUUGCGUCUCUCCUGUGUGGUCCACGGGCAGAUUUAUGGCCGUUUUAUGGGUUUUUAUGUGAACGGUUUUCUCUCUAUAUAAAGGUUUAGGUAAACCUUUAUAUCAGACACUUGAGAUAUAGCGAUGUAACAUUAACUUUAUUUACUUUAUUUCAAGGCAUAUCUUAAGUUAAUCAUCUCUGUUUCUGGACUAGUAGAUGACAGAGAAAACUCUUUAAUUAUAAUAAUAAUAAUAAUAAUAAUAAUUAGUAAUUUAUUAAUAUUACUUUUUACUAAUAUCAUUAUAAGUAUUAUAUAUACAACAAAGUGGCUAUACAUCAGGCCAGUUAAAAAGUGCCAAAAUCAAUGUAAAGUUGACCAGAAAAUUCCAAUCGACAAUCUUUGUUACAGGGCCCAGUCUUGCACUUCCUUCUGUCCAUUUUUAAGAUCCUCAAAAUUUUCCUGAAACAUUUACCACUGAAAUGAAACAUCGUACACCCAUUAAUAAUUGACAUUGACAGGAUCAUAUAUCACUUUUUAAGUAGAUAUUUUUUUUUGAACGAAACGUGCAUUGCAUUUUGCCACUAAACUAAAUUCCACGGAUAUUCAAAAAUGUAAAUUGUGUUUGGGUACCCUCCUAUGAUGUUAAUGAAAUCUGUACAAUCUUUGUUACCAAGCAGAAGAGGAGGAUGUUCCAAGGGUCCAUCCUUUACGAGUAGAAUUCAUUGGACGAAAAAAUGAAUUUGCUUUAAAUUUGCUCAUGUGCAAAAGUGUGCAAACUAAGGGUAAAAUCUGCGCAAAGGUG